AUGAACGACAUUAACAACUACUCCUCCUUCGCAGCCGAUUCAGGUUCUCUGGACUCAAAUCAUUCAUGCUUGAUGGUUGCGGUUGGAAGUGUCGGUGUUGAGUUUGCACCUUCGUCGUCUUCUUCAUCAUCAUCAUCUCUUACUCGGUGCCGUAAACCUAGAAAGAAGAGCGCUAAACUGAUAAGCAUAAUGGAAGAAGAAGGAGUGAAAAGUAACAAGAAGCGAGACUCGGAGGAGGCGCCGAAGAUCACGCGUCCAUGCACUCAGUGCGGCAAGAAAUUCUGGUCAUGGAAGGCUCUCUAUGGCCACAUGCGGUGCCACCCUGAGCGGCCGUGGCGAGGCAUAAAUCCUCCUCGGAACCUCAUCCCACAACCACUAGUACAAGAAGACACGAGCGGCGACACCCUGGAGGAUCACGAGGUUGCCACGUGUCUCCUGCUGCUAGCGAACAGUGGGAGGGAGACGGUUAAAAAUGAUGAGGCUAAUGAAGUGAAGAUAGUGGAAUGUGGAGAUUCUUAUCAUUACAAAGAAUUUGAGUGCUCCAGUUGCAAGAGAGUGUUUGGAUCUCAUCAAGCACUGGGAGGGCACAGAGCAAGUCACAAGAACGUCAAGGGCUGCUUUGCCAUUACUCGGACCACCACCGAGGAUCAUCUACUAAACAUUAACCUCCUCGCGCAUGCUGACCACGGCGACGGCGAUGGCAUCGCCAGCCACCAGUGUAGCAUAUGCCUCAGGGUGUUCCCCAGUGGCCAGGCUCUUGGUGGACACAAGAGGUGUCAUUGGGAGAAAGCUGAGAUUGAUGAGACUGAUGGGUCAACGUCAACACUACUCCCUGUUGACCUCAAUUUGCCUGCUCCUAUUGAUCAACACUACUACCAUUGCUCUUCUUCAACACUCACUCUGGAUUUGAGGUUGGGUCUUUAA